CGGCGCGCAGCCGCGAUCCCCGAAUCAUUUCCAGUCGGUAGUCGGUCGAGAGGCGAAAAGUAUCAGCAUCCCAUCCGAGAGUUCAGAGAAAUGGCAGCUCGUUUCAUAAUCAGUGCGCUCCUGCUGGCUAGUCCGGCUGUCUGGGGCAAGCCCACCUUCGGACGGGAGCACGUCCACAUCCGCAUCCACUUGCCGGAGAGCGGUGGUGGCGACCACGGAGGCCAUGGAGGCGGUGACUUCGGAGGAUAUAGCGGUGGUGGCGGCGGCGGCGGCGGUGGCUACGAGAUCCACUCCCACGAUGGCGGCUAUAGUGGAGGCGGCGGUGGAGGAGGUGGUGGCGGCCAUGUGAGCACUUACGCCAUCAUCACAGAAAACCACGGUUACAGCGCUGGCGGCGGCGGAGGUCACAGCUCCGGCGGCGGCUACAGCCACGGUGGUGGUCACGGUUCCGGACACGAUGACGCCAAGAUUGCCGCCAUUGCAGCUGCUGCUGGUUCCUCUUCCGGAGGAGGCGGCGGUCACGGCGGACACGGCGCUGGAGGAGACUACGGUGGCCACGCCAUUGCCAAUAUUGCUGCCAUUGCCGCCAGCUCGGACUCCUCCGCUCACGGAGGCAGCAGCGGAUACGGUGGCUACUCCGGCGGUGGAUACAGCGGAGGUGGUGGUUACAGCAGCGGCGGUGGUCACGAUGCCGUCAUUGGCGCCGCCAUUGCUUCCAGUGACUCCCAUGGAUCGUCCGGCGGAUACGGCGGUGGCUCCUCCUACAGCGGCGGAUCCUCCUACAGCAGCGGAUCCUCAUACAGCAGUGGAGGAUACAGCAGCGGAGGCUACAGCAGCGGAGGAUAUAGCGGCGGACAUGGCUACAGCAGCGGAGGCGGCUCCAGCUACGACACUCAAGUAGUGGCGGCUGCAGCAGCCUCUGGCAGCGGUGGCUCCUACGGAGGAUCCUCCGGCGGCGGCGGUGGCGGCAGCGGUGAUGGCUACAGCUAUUCGGCGCCCGCCGCCGGCGGCUGGUCGGGAUCCAGCUCCAACUGGCGGUAGGCAGAGGGCGGCUGCUCAUCCCCGGCCUGGCCAUUCGGUCGUCUAGUCUACUCAAUGCUCAUGUCCUCCAGCUCCCAUUCCAACCAUCCCUCCAUGGACCUAACUUAUAUAUGCAGAUCAUCCUACAUCCCACACCAGAUGUGCCCAACAAAAUAAACCAUGCUAGUGUAAAAUUA